CACGAAUACCAUUCGGGGUACACACACGAACUCCUUUGUUUAUAUCUUUCAACAAUUUUUAGGAUUUUUGCAAUUAGAAUCGCACAAAAAGUAUUAGCGAAUCACGUCUUUUUUUUUUUUUUUGGUGCAGUACUGGUGAAUACCAAGAGAAACUUGUUCCGUUGAACAGUGAUUAUUAGCAGUCGUUCGAACGAUACCUUUCCUCCUUUCAGUUCGUUCGUUCGUUUCAUUUUUUCUCUUGCGUUUGAUUUACGUGAACAAUUAUAAUAAUAAUAGAAGAAAAAUUGAAAAUAAUUGAGAGCGGAAUAAGGUUUUAUACGUGGCAGAAAAGAAUAGCGGUGAGUCAGUCGUUGAAAUCGAAUACGAAUCUACGUUUGGACCAUCGGUGGAAUUUUCAAUAAUUCUACGUUUGCGGGACGAACCUUUUCUAUUUAAAAUCAUCCAAAGCAUUGGCCACGGCUAUUCUAACCUCGAACCCGACGCGCAUAUACGAGAAGAAACGGUUCAGAAGAAGCGUCGAAAAGGGAAGCCUAAAAAGCAAGUGGAGGACGCCCGAAACCGCUUACCAGAGCUACGUUGAAAACUACUCGAAAGUAAAAGCAGGAGAACCUUCGGUUCGCGCAACAAUUAUCUACGGCAGCAGUUUUGCAAAGUACAGCUGUUAAAAUGGGUCUAGGAAACAAGAUGUCCGAAGAGAACCCAGAGAUGCGGGAAAUGGCAGCGCGCAUAUGUCGAGACUACCUUCACGGGGUAUGGAAGCACGUUACCGCGGAGAACAUUACACUGAAACGUAUCAGCGGCGGCCUCAGCAACUGGCUGUACAACGUUCAGUUACCCGACGGAACGGUCCCGAUUCGAGGCGAACCACGCCAAGUUUUGUUAAGGCUGUACGGUCAAAUACACGGCGAAAGAGCUCUGGAAGGAUUGAUCACGGAAUCGGUGAUUUUUACGUUGCUGUCGGAAAGGCGGCUCGGACCAAAGUUACACGGCAUAUUUCCAGGCGGCCGAAUCGAAGAAUACAUACCUGCUAGACCGUUGCUCACCAAGGAGUUGGCCGAUCCUACAUUGAGCUCGAUGAUCGCCGAGAAAAUGGCUCAGAUUCAUAUGAUGCAAGUCCCGAUAAGCAAGGAACCCACUUGGCUUUGGGACACCAUGGCCAAAUGGCUGGACACGGCUACCGAUAUCCUGGAAAAUACAGAAGAUAUAGACGCGCGACACCUGAAGAACGUAAACGCGAUACGGGCGAUCGACUUGGGCCAUGAGAUCGCUUGGUUCAGGUUUCUCGUAAAGCAACAAAAAUAUCCCGUCGUGUUUUGUCACAACGAUAUGCAAGAGGGUAACAUACUGCUACGACAAAACACACGGAAACCGGAACUGGUUCUUAUCGACUUUGAAUACUGUUCCUAUAAUUAUCGAGGAUUCGACAUAGCGAAUCAUUUCGUCGAGUGGCAGUACGAUUAUACGGCAGCGGAAUAUCCUUUCUUUCACGAACGCACAGGAUCUGGUCCUACGAAAGAACAUAAGCUCAACUUUGUAAGAAGUUACUUGAAAACGAUGGGCAAAGAAGGACCGUCAGAAGAGGAGCGAAUCAUGAUGGAAAUCAAGAUAUUUUCUUUGGCUAGUCACUUAUUCUGGGGCCUGUGGAGUAUCGUCAAUGCAAAACUCUCCGAGAUCCCAUUCGGAUACUGGGAUUAUGCGGUUUCUCGACUAAAAAAUUACCAAUACAUGAAGGAGAAGAUCAUGGUGUCUGGACCACCGACGAUAAACAACGAGAUUACCGAGAAAACAACGGUGGUAGAUUGAGAUAAGCAAACUCCUUGAUCGUCAUGGUGUAGAAUGAUUUCUAUGCGACGUGACAACAAACAACAGUUUGCUCGUUACAUUUGCAUACGUUCGUGAUUAUCUUGCCGAAAUCAAAGCGUCACGAUUUAUCGUUAUCUCUCGUUAUCAGAAAUCGUGAUACGUGUCUUUUAAGUUUCCUAACAGGGAGAGAGGAAAGAUAUUCGAAAAGGAGAGGUGAUGAGAGCGGAGACGAGGAACCGGGCACGAGCGUAUGUGUACGCCUGCUCGUAAGACUGACUGACUGCUGGACGAUUAGAUUGAAAAUAAGUAAAAAGGCUGGGGGUCAGGGGUACUGGAGAAAAAAGAAACGAAA